AUGUCCGAGAGCGAAGACAACGGCGUCUUCGGGGUGAGCGAAGAUCUCGUCCCGCCUGCCGUGAUCAAGUCCGCAAUCGUUUCAGAAGUGGACUUUGACGGACUGUUGUCCCCACCACUGAAGCUUCAACAAGAUUUGAAGAAUGGAUGUGGCGGACAAUUAUGGCCGGCGGGCAUGGUGCUCAGCAAAUACAUGCUGAGGAAGCAUAAGAGUGAUUUGGAGGGAAAAGAAACCAUUGAGUUGGGUGCUGGUGGUGGUCUUGUAGGCUUGGCCGUGGCCCUCGGCUGCAAAAUUACAACAACCCUCCAUAUCACCGAUCAAGAACCUAUGUUCGAGUUGAUGAAGCAAAACAUUACCCUCAACAGCCUCACCUCGAAGGUCUCCGCCACAAUCUAUGACUGGGGUACACCUACCCCCGUGCGCCUACCGAAACACCCAGACAUCAUCUUAGCCGCCGACUGCGUUUAUUUCGAGCCAGCGUUUCCACUGCUGCAAGAGACGCUCAUGGAUCUGAUUGGAGAGAACACGGUUUGCUAUUUCUGCUUCAAGAAGAGGAGAAGAGCAGACUUGCAUUUCAUGAAGGUUGCGAAAAAGAUGUUCGAUGUGAAGGAAAUAGAGGACGACCCAGAUAAGGAGGUUUAUUCAAGACAAAGUCUGUUCCUGUGA